UUACUGUGAAAACCCUACCGGAAGUCUCCUACUUCCAGUGGGGAGACGUUGAAGACGAAGCUGACAGUUAGCCUUAUAUUAGCUCCGAUACAGUUAGCAUCAUAUUAGCGCUGAUAUCCGGAGAGGAUUGAAGUUCUAACGUCGCUGCUGCCCAUGUAGCGUAGUGAUGUCUUUUGCGGCGGAGCUGCAGCAGAGGAUAGUGUCUGCUGAGUCGUUGCUGCAGCGUGCGGAGCAGCUGAGUCGUGGCGUGGAGGGCCAGCAGAAGCUGUGCGGGAAGCUGCGUGCCGAGCUGCGGUUCCUGCGGCGCGUGGAGGCCGGCGAGCUGCAGGUCAAACAGUCGCACCUGCACAGCACCAACCUGACGCACCUGUCGGCCAUCGUGGAGACGGCCGAGAGUCUGGAGGGCGUGGUGGCGCUGCUGCACGUCUUCACAUACCGGCACGCGGCGGACGCCGGCGGCGGUCGCCACACGCUGGUGGUGGACGUGGUGGCCAACGGGGGACACACCUGGGUGAAGGCCGUGGGACGCAAGGCCGAGGCCCUGCACAACAUCUGGCAGGGCCGAGGCCAGUACGGAGACAAGAGCAUCGUCAGCCAGGCGGAGGACUUCCUGCGGGCCAGCCUCCAGCAGCCCGUCCAGUACCAGCCCCCCCACAUCGUCUUCGCCUUCUACAGCGGCGUCUGCCCCAUGGCCCAGCAGCUCAGGGACAUGGGCGUGUCCGUCCGCGGGGACAUCGUGGCCGUCAGCGCCGUCACUCCGGAGGAGGAGGGGGAGGAAGAAGAGGAAGAAGGGGGGGAAAGGGAGGAGGAGGAGGAGGAGGAGGAGGAGGAGGAGGAGCAGGAGCCAGCUGAUGAUAAUGAAGACAGCUGUAACCGUGACGACGCUGAUGGCGAGGAGGCGGAUUGUCCUGAGUCCCGUGUGCAGCGUGGCCGUGGGGGGGGCGCGGUGCUGGCCCGCCUGGCGUUCCCCCCCCAGCUGCCCGUGGCGGCGUGCCAGCGGGUGAACCUGGACAUCACGUCUCUGAUCACGCUGGUGUCAGCGCUGAGCCACGGCCGCUGCCGGCUCGCCUUCAGGGAGCCCGUUCUGACGGAGCAGGCGGCCCAGGAGCGCCGCGAGCCCGUGCUGCCGGCGCUGCACGCCUUCAUGGCGGGGAAGGAGCUGUUCGCCUGCCGCGCCGCCGUGGACGACUUCCAGCUGAUCCUGCAGACGCUGGGCGGGCCGGCCGAGCGCCAGCGCGCCGCGGCGCUGCUGCAGCGCGUCACCGUGGUGGAGGACCGGCCGUCGGAGCGCACGCUGCGCCUGGCGCCCAGCGCCAAGGUCACGCAGCGCUCGCUCAGCAUCUUCGGCACCGGGGACUCGCUCAGGGCUGUUACCAUGACGGCAAACAGCCGCUUCAUCCGGGCCGCGGCCAAUCAGGGCGUCCGAUACAGCGUGUUCGUCCACCCCCCCCGAGCGCUGACGGAGGGGAAGGAGUGGAGGGCCACGCCCGUCUGACCGCCGGGCAUCAUGGGAGUUAGAGGCCGAGGCCGCCGGGCAUCAUGGGAGUUACAGGACGAGGCCGCCGGGCAUCAUGGGAGUUUGAGUCUCUGAGCGCUGGGCAGCGUUUGGCGCAAAAAACCUCCAAAAAAGUGUCUAAAAACUUUAAAUAAAGCAUUUAAAAAAUGCCAGAAUAUAUCUCCAGAGAUGAUACUUGUGAUUACUGUUCUUUUCUUCCUCAAGAUUAUUUUUGGGAAGUUUCAGGCUACGGAGCAGCCGGGGCUGAUGGGAGUUUGAGUCUGUGCAGCUGGGGCUGAUGGGAGUUUGAGUCUGUGAAGGCUACAUGAUUCCUCUGAUGGUGAACAUGUUUAAUCUCCACGGUUACGCUUUGGGUUAAAGAGGAAGAUCAGCUGCUGUUCUGUUUCUGUUUGAAAGAUCAAUAAAGCUUCACACUCAC